AUGAGGAAAAUCUCAGACGGGUUGAAGCACUUCGAGAAGCAGCGGAUCCCGACCGAGAAGCCGCUUUAUCCCUUCGUGGGGAAUCUCUGGAACAUCUGGAAGGAGGUCGGGCGAAUUCCCUGGCCUUUGUCGUUCGAGGGGAGUCGACCGACGUGGAACAUCGCGGAUCCUGACCUCAUCAGGGACAUCUGCAUCAAAGAGUUCGAUCACUUCACCGAUCGCAGGGCCUUCAUCAAGAACGACGACAAGGUGUUAUCGAAGAUGAUGACGACGAUGAAGGGCCAAGAAUGGAAGGACGUGAGAUCCGCCGUCUCCCCCGUCUUCUCCUCGGGAAAGAUCAAAAAGAUGUCCCUUCUGAUGGAGUCGUGUGGGGAGACCUUGGUGCAGCACCUCCGGGAGGCCGUGGACAAGUCCCAGGGCGUCGUCGAUGUCAAAGACCAGUACGGUGCGUACACGCUGAACGUGAUCGCGACGUGCGCGUUCGGCACGAAGCUGGACGGCCUGGGGAAGGAGGAUGACCCGUUCGCGAAACACGCCAGGAAAUUCCUCGUCGAGAAUCCUGCCGUUGGCAAUCCUCUCAUUCUCAUCCCUUUCAUUUUCCCGUGGAUGAUGAAGCUGAUGCCGAAAAUCCUCCCUCUGGAAGCCAUCCGCUUCUUUCGAGACCUCAUCCUGGACAUCAUGAAGCGGCGGAAAGCCGAGGGCAAUGAACGAGGCGAUGCCCUGGACGCGAUGAUGGAGCAAGAAGAGAAGGAAAGGGAGGCAGGAGGCGAGAUGGUGAUCACGGAGGAAGUGAUCGCUGCCCAGUCCCUCACCUUCUUCGUCGCUGGGUUCGACACCACGGCGUCCAUGAUGAACUUCCUCACUUACAUCCUUGCCAUUCGCCCAGACAUCCAAGAUCGGCUCUAUGAGGAAAUCGAGAAGAACGUCGAGGAACGCGCAAAUGAGGAUGGCAUUCAGAGAAUCAUCUUGAUGGGGCUGCUACGGGAAUGCACCAAGGACUGCAUCAUAGAUGGAAUUAUGGAAUUCAAGGAAGGGGAUUUGAUCUACAUCCCAGUCUACGCCGUCCACCAUUGCCCCGAUUACUAUCCCGAUCCUGAAGUCUUCGAUCCAGAUCGGUUCGUUUCUCCUCCCUCCCAUCGCCCGAUGUCGAUGCUUGCAGCCCGGGAAGCUGGAAUCGCCUUCUUCCGGUUUUCACCAGAGGCGAAGUCGAGCAUACCGCAGGGAGCCUACCUUCCGUUCGGCAUUGGUCCCAGGAGUUGUAUCGGGAUGAGAUUUGCACUCGAAGAGGGGAAGUUGGCGUUGUGUCACGUCAUCCGUUCCUUCCGUGUCGUCAGAUGCGAGGAGACACCUGUAAGUUCUUUGCCAGCGCCGUUGGGUUGUCGGAAUGAGUCACUGUUUGAAUAG